GUCUGACUAUCGGCAUAUUCCUGCCCUGGAUGAUGCGCUUCUCUUCCCAGGCAUGACACACUUACUGGGCUGCAGAGCCACGGGACAGAGACACGAACACAACAGAGGACGGAGUCAGACGAGGAGGAAGAGGAUGCGGACGAGACGACAACAACAACGCAAAUGGUAGUGAAAUGAGGAGCGCGGCGCUGUCGACAGGAGAGAGGUCGUAGGGGAAGGAGGAACACAAAGCUCUGCGGGAUCCGAGGACGCCGGCAGUGUUCAUGCUACAUAUAUAGCAGCGCUGUGCGGUAGAGAGCAGCUGAAGUUGGCUUCCUGCCUGUUGAGAUGUGCCAGUAGGAAACACCGUGAACAGGGGUUCAUGCUGAUGAAAUUGAUCUGCUCAGUGAGCUCCAACCAGAGCCAUGGGGAGUACCCAGACUGCCGGAGUGAGAGGGAGUCAGGAGGGGAGGCAUCUCUCCUGGUGUCUCCGCUGGUGGUGGCGGGGAUCGUUAUAGGUUUAGUCCUCUUCCUCUCCUGCAUCACCAUCAUCGUUGGCAGCCUGCGCAAAGACAGCCGACUUCGAAACCCCCACUUGAGAGCUAGUUAUGGACCAGACGGAUUUUCUUAUGGAGGUUCAGCAGGAGAGCUGAGGUCGAGCUGCUUAGAAGACUUUCCUCCUGGUUUAGACUUUGACUCGUACAGAGAGACUCUGUCACAGAUCAGCAACCUGUACCCUGACUCACCACCACGGUAUGAUGAGUGCGUUGGCCCAGGUUCGACUCAGAUCUACAUACCCACAGAUGACCCACCUCCAUACUCCCUACUGGACCCCUGUCAGAGAGGGGCAGAGCAGCAGCAGCAGCAGCAGCCGAGCCACAGCAGUCCAGACUCCUCUCCAUACUGUGGAGAGACCUCUGCGAGUGCUGCCUGGUUCUCCCCCUCCCACUACCCCCUGGGACUGCAGGAACAUGAGCAUCAACACAUUGCAUCCAUCUCCUUCCCACUGGAGGCAGCGCCACCUUAUGAGUCAGUGUUGGCCGAGCACGGACAGCCCCUCCCUCUCAUGCCAUGUGACCUUUAUAAACACCAAUCAGAGAGGGGGGAUGAUGGCAACUCCCAGCAACUUCCAGCGAACCAGAUCCUGUAGGACAGUUAAUUUGUAUUUUUCACCUGCGCCGAUGGUUGUCCCCCAGUUGAAUUAAACAAACACUUGGGAUAUGGGGAAAUCAGCUGUUAGGAGCAGCUGUGACAAUAAACAGUGGACACUAAUGAGAUGCAUACCUCUUUCACACAGUUGCGAACACCUAAUAAGCUUUACAGAGGACUGCAAUGCAGCCAAGACUCCAGUUUUAAGCCAUUUAAACGCUUUUUUUCUGGACAAAAAUAAAAACCUACUGACUGCAACGUAUGCCUACGUUUCUGGAACUUCUCUCAUCCCAAUGACGCUCUCUUGGACAAAGACUCUCCUCCGUCUUUUCUGUUGUCAAGUUCAGUUUUUGACUGUUAAUGUGUCUUUCUUAAAUUAGGACUGAUCCGGCUGUGUGUCACGUGUGGAACUUAGGCUGAAGUACUGCUAAAAACAUUUAUUCAUCAUGCUGUAGGCGAAAGCAAGAUUAGACUGUAGAAGAAAGGCUAAGUGUGAACAAUAGUGACGUGGUGUAGUUUAAGGUUUACACAAGCACACAAGAGCACCACCAUCCAGUUUCUUUCGAUAGGAUCCUCACCUACAAGUCUAUUUAGUGACGUCUUGGAAGAAACUAUAUUUAGAGCUGGUGUUGCAUAGAACAUCUUCAACUACCAACACAACAUGGCUGGUUUACAGUCUCUGUAGUGUGUGAACAUUUAGAGCAGUGUGCUGUUCAGUAGCUUCCAGUGUGGUGGUAGUAUUAUAGUGAUUAGAAGAAGGACUUUGUGAUGAAAUUAAUUGGGAACUAGACAGGAACAUUCUAUCAUUCUUUCCAGGUGUGUUCGCUGUACCUUUGAGUUAUGGGAGGCAUUGUUAAACAUUCGCAGCAUGCAUCCGUCAUCCCCAGAGGGAGAGUCGACUCGUCCAGUGUUGUACAAAUUGUCAUAACUCUUCCUAUCAAGGGCUCUGGAUUUAAUAGCAAUGCUGUAACUGGACCCCCACGGCAAAGUGUAGCUCGGAGAACCAGCCUCCUGCCGAGGCUGGCUUGAUGCAACAGAGAAGCAACACACAAAACUGUAGACCUUGCCACACUCACUACUCACAAAUGGGUGCUUCUGUCUUUUUCUGUUUUGCCCUCAUGAUACGAUUAACUUGGCGUGGGCUAUCACAUGCAGUCUCCCCUUGCUCUUCAAGCGCUCAGUGUGUUUUCGUGCGAAUCAGAAGACGAAACACAAAGAUUUCCAUUUAUUCUCAUGUAUAGUGCAUCAGAGGCAUCUGGGCAGCUCUACUGUUAACACAUAUAUCAUUUUCUAAAUACAAGGAGUUGUGAAGUGAAUAAUUUACAGGACUAUUCUACAGUACAGUACAGUUGCACUCAUAUUUUGAGAUUUUUAUAUCAUCCUGUGGCUCCUCGGAUAUUGAAAUCCAUUAAAGCGUUGGUACCUAUAUUUUAAGUGCCAAAAUACUAUUUUAAAAGGUUAUAUAAAAGCUUAUUCAAAUAGCCAGACGUGGGUUUCUGGUUGAUGACUUCUCUACAUCUAAUCCAGACUGAGCAAAGCCUUAUUUUUGUAAAAGUGAUAUUCAGAAUUAGCAUCAUUCCUCUCUACCUGCUAACUAGUCUUUGUUUUUUCUUCCUCCAUGUCAGCAAACUGCAUGUGGGUGCCGGAGGACAUCAGCGCUCUGUCCUACACUAUGUUUUGCUGAAAGCUGAGUGGUUCAUAUCUGAAGAACCACUCAAAUCUGAAUUUGGAGUGAAGUUUCUGAACCACGCCAAAUUAGAGAUUUUCUUUUCCAAACCCAUAACUUCGCCACAGUUUAGUUUAAUUUUGUGCAGAAAAAAAAUGUCUGAAUACCUGCAUCACUGCCACCAGACCGCCCGUUGCAUCACCUCAAAACUCUUUGCAUUUAUUUUAGCACAUUCUCACAAAGACAGAAGCAACGACCAGUGCGUGGAGGAAAAGCCUGGCUCAUCCUGGAGACACUAAGACCUGUAGACAACCAUUUAUCAGCAGUUACUGAAGCAGGAAGUCAUUUUAGACUGAGCUUUAAUAACAAUGCAAUUGUUGUUUGUAAUUUUAGAAUUAUUUGUGUGUGUAUUUUUUUUUUUGUUAAUUAGCUUUCAUUUCAUAAUUUGUUCAUUGCGUGACACUGUUUUAUGUUUAAAUAUGUGCCUGAUAGCCCCAGACUGUUAGCUUAAACGCUGUAGCCACAAUAUAAUGAUCUCAAUGCAACUAAUCCAGUGUUUUGCGCUGUUAAAUGUCUGGUCAUGAAGAAUUGGUUUACUGAUGUGGUAUGGAAGAGCGCCUCACUUACUAAAUAAGUUCUGAUUACUCAACUUUUUAAAAAUAUUGUUAAAUUGAUCAUCUAACAUGUAACUCAACCACUAAAAUUCACAUCCUUAAUUUGCAAAUCAGCCAUUGACUGCAACAGUUAAGCAACUUGUCAGUUGCCACAUAUUGUAAUGAAUGAACCAAUUGUCCUGCGCCCUUUUAGAUGUUCCUCUGCCAUCCAUGUUUGCUUCUUUAUUCUUCCCUCUUCCUCUUUUGCUUUACUCCCUUCAAGAUCUCUUUUAAAGAGUUAAAAUGUGCAUGUUGCGCUCAGUUCCAAAGAUGAAACAAACGCUGGACACUGAUGGUAGGUUAAAGAACAAAACAACUACAAAGCAGACAGGGCACAAAAUUUGGAAAAGCUGAAUUAGUAGAAAACUGUGAUAAUUAGAAAGGGCGACCCAAAGCAAAGAACAAACUGACAGCUGCAAAGAGAACACACUGGAAUAAAACAGCACAAACAAAAAAACAAAUAAAUUGCACACGGGGGAUAAAAUAAUCUGAUGCAAAAACAGGCAGAUUCAGAUAAAAACACACAAACUGCAGUUUAUUAGCUACUAUUGUUCAUCACACAAGCAAAACAACGAAGCACUAGUCUGUGUUCAAAGUCAGUUUUGUUGAGGCGCUGUAAUAAUGCAAUGAGGAAAUUCUCUAAAACUGAACUAAAAUAAAAGGGAGAGAGAGAGAGAAAUAAAGAGAUUUUUUUCUAUAAUAGUGCACUUGAAUAGAUGCUUUAUUAAGCUUCUUGGUUUAGGUGAAAAUCUUCAUCUCAAAUUAGGUCAAAAUCUUGAAAACACAAUUUUUCUCUUUUCCUUUUUUUCUCUCUCAAACCAUUAAAGUCAUUUCUGUUAUACCUGCUGCCAUAUUAAUCCAGUAGCCCUACCAGAUGGAACAAUACAUAUGGACAUACACAUUACAGAUCUAAUCAUUUUUUGUUUCAGAGAAAAACAAAAUUCAUUGCAUAAUAUAUAUAUAUAUAUAUAUAUAUAUAUAUAAAUAAUAAUCAAGAUAAUAUUAUGAGAUGUUACAGAUAUUUAAAAGACAGAAUUAUGCAAAUAAUGAAUAUUUAAUACAUAUUAAAAAUUAUUAUAUAAUCUUCUCUUAAAUAAACAUGUCAGUAUUUCUCAACCAUUCCUCAUUACUUUUCUAUUUUAUCCAAUAGUCAUACAAUUUUGUUUAAAUUCAGUUUUCCAUAUGUACACAAAGACACAUCGGGACAUGUUGAACAAGUCAAAGCUUUAUUCUGAAAACGAAUCAGUUCUAAUAUCAACCACUAGGGGGUACUGCAGAUCUACAAUUAGACAUCCAGCUUUAUCUCACACCUGCUCAAAAAUAAUCUAUAUUAAAGAAGUAGCUUGAGCCUUGACACUUAAUUAGAUGGAAUGAUCACCUGGCUGUAUGUUGCCGUGUUUGUAUAAAAUGAGGUUAAUAGAUGUGUCAAAGCUUUAUUAGAUUAGGGCAAGAGUAAAAUGUGAAGAUCAGAGUUGUCAGUAUUAUAGUAUUUGUUCAUUUAAAACGAGCGUGACUCCUUUCCUAGUCUUUCCUAGUAUUUUUCAGAUGUGUCAGUCUAGCACCUGUUUCCAUACCAUUGCUUUUCCCCCCCAGCUAGGAUAACACUAAUUUGUAUUAAGUAAAUGUAUGCAUCUGUAUCACUUCCCAUUUCUCGUCCUCUCUCUUCCCUAACAAAUAACUCAAAUAAUGUUUUAUUAUGUUUCUGUAUUAGAGAUUUUGUUAAAUAUUUUCUUCUGUAGAGAAGAGUGAAUAAAUCUGAACUCUUAUAUGAA